AGCGGAAAUAAAAGAGAGCCGCUCUGCGCUGACGGGCACAUUCUCUGCUGUGAAGUAGCGACGAAGAAAAAUGCCUGAACCCGCCAAGUCCGCGCCCAAGAAGGGCUCCAAGAAAGCCGCGACAAAAACCGCCGGCAAGGGAGGCAAGAAGAAGAGAAAGACCAGGAAGGAGAGCUACGCCAUCUACGUGUACAAGGUGCUGAAGCAGGUGCACCCCGACACCGGCAUCUCCUCCAAGGCCAUGAGCAUCAUGAACUCGUUCGUCAACGACAUCUUCGAGCGCAUCGCCUCUGAGGCCUCCCGCCUGGCUCACUACAACAAGCGCUCCACCAUCACCUCCAGGGAGAUCCAGACCGCCGUGCGCCUCCUGCUGCCCGGUGAGCUGGCCAAGCACGCCGUGUCCGAGGGCACCAAGGCCGUGACCAAGUACACCAGCUCCAAGUAAACUGCAGCUCUGCUGCAUCCACCCAACGGCUCUUUUCAGAGCCAC